UCAUUUCUGAUUUCUCUCUUCUUCUACUGUUCUUCUUCUUCAUUUUUAUUUUUUUUUUUCUGGUAAGCAACAGUCAGGCAGUGCUUACUGCCGGUAAAGUGUUAAUUUUUUUAAAAAAAUUCUUUUCCUAAUUAUUUAUUCCAAUAUUUCUAAACAGCGAAUUCAUUGAAUUUAAUAAUCAAUGGCGGAUGCUAGCAAAAAGAGGGACAUUGGAUGGAAUUAUGGCACUCAAGGAGCGACGAAAGAUUCGGUCACUUGUAACUUUUGUGGGACUACUUUCAAUGGUGGAAUAACUCGACACAAACAACAUUUAGUGGGUGGUUUCAAAAAUGUUAAACAAUGUGUCGCUUGUCCGUCGGAAAUUAGAGAAGAAAUAAGGGCUUAUAUGCAAAACAAAAUAGCUAAUAAUCCCAAAUUUCAAAUGAGGCAACCGGAAGAAUUUGUUGAUAUUGAUGAUCUUGAUGAAAUGGAUGAUUAUGCGGAAAUGAGGCCUCCCUCCAGAUCUCAAAAGAUAUCUUCUAAUGGAGGUUCAUCCACCGCACGGAGUGUGACGAAAGGACCUUUGAACCUCUAUUUUUCACAAAAAUCAACACAAAAAGAAGGCUUAAAAAAAGGAGGAGGAAUCGAAGAAACAAAGAAAAUUCUAAGAGAGCGUGCGGUAAGUGCUUUUGCAAUUUGGAUGUAUGAUGCCGGGCUCCCUUUUAAUUGCGUCAAUCACAAAUCAUUCAAUAAAUUUAUUGAGGCGGUUGGACAACAUGGCCCCGGAAUGAAGCCUCCUACAUUCCAUGAAGUUAGAGUCACUCACCUUAAAAAAGAGGUGGAUAAAGUAGAAAAAAUUGUUGAGGAGCAUAAAGUGCAAUGGACAAAGUUUGGUUGUUCCAUUAUGAUGGACAAAUAGACGGCACGAAAUGGCAAAAUGAUCAUCAAUAUUUUGGUGAAUUCUCCAAUCGGUAGUAUAUUUCUUGAUUCGGUUGAUGCUAGCAAUGAAUCUACCAUUCCACCAAAAUGUACAAGUUAUUUGAAAGCACUAUCGAAAGAAUUGGACCGGAAAAUGUGGUACAAAUUGUCACCGAUAAUGCUAGUGAGAAUGUCAAAGUGGGAAGUAUGAUCAUGGGUGCGUAUCUACACAUUUAUUGGACUCCAUGUGCCGCUCAUUGCAUCAACUUGUUAUUUGGUGACAUAUUCAAGGUUAAGCCAUAUGCUUCCGUUUUUAAGAAGGCCAUCAGAAUCCAUUCUUACAUUAGUCAAAGGCCAUUGUUGUUAAACUUGAUGAGAAAAUUCACCAAAGAAAGAAAUUUGGUGAAACCGGCCAAGACAAGAUUUGCAAUGGCAUUCUUAACUUUGAGAGCUAUGUACAUUCAAAGAAAAAACUUGAAAACUUUAGUCCUCUCAACCGAAUGGAAUUUAAGUAAAUUUGCAGAGGAAACUUCGGGGAAUGAAGUUGCCAAUCUUAUUAUUUCUAUCAACUUUUGGAAUGAUGUUGUUCGGGCACUUACAGUUUGUAGCCCUUUGACAAAAGUGCUUCGUUUGGUGGAUGGGGAGAAAAAACCACCAAUGGGUUAUAUUUAUGAAGCAAUGGAUAGAGCCAAAGAAGCUAUUGCACAUGGUUUUCGUGGAGUUCAGAAGCAUUAUGAGAAAGUGUUUAAAAUUAUUGAUGCAAGGUGGUCAGAACAACUCCAUCGGCCUUUGCAUGCUGCAGGCCAUGUUUUGAACCCAGGAUUAUAUUAUAAAGUUGAAGAAGAGGGAACUUUAUUACAGACUUUGUGGACCGAGUAUUAUGCAUGUGUUGAGAAGUUGGUCUGUGAUACAACAAUACAAGAUGCACUAAUCGCUAAGCUUCCUAAGUACAAAAUGGCGGAUGGACUAUUUGGUUGUGGUCCGGCUAAAAGAGCUAGAGACAAUGUCACCGGUUGAAUGGUGGUUACUAUUUGGUAGUGAAACACCAAACUUGCAAAAGUUUGCCAUGAAAGUAUUAAGCCUAACUUGUAGCUCAUCUGGAUGUGAGCAAAAUUGUAGUGUGUUUGAACACAUUCAUUCCAAAAAGAGGAAUAGGCUUACACUAUCGCGUCUCAAUGAUCUAGUGUACAUUAAGUACAAUAGAGCAUUGAAACGUCGUUAUGAUGCUCGUGAUCUUAUUGACCCAAUUCGCUUGGAUAACAUAGAUGAUUCAAAUGAAUGGUUAGUUAGAUGCCCCGAAGAUCAAGAUGAUGAACUAGUAUAUGAGGAUGAUGAUCUUACUUAUGGUAGUGUUGCUACGGCAAUUGGAGCAGACGAGAGUAUCUAUCAUCUUAGGGGACUUUC